CCGCGCGCUCCGCCUGCACACACCGAGGUUGGGCCCCGCGGCAGAGGCUGCUCCCAGGCUGCGCUGGCUGGGCGCGCUGGAAGGCGGCGAUCACAGCUGGGCCGGGACUUCCUUCCUCCACCGUAGGACAACAAAACAACCCGGCAGCAGGCGCUGAGCUCUUGGCAGCUCGCUGGGCGAGAGGCGCAGCGAUGGGCUCGGUGCUGAGCAGCGAUAGCGGCAAAUCCGCGCCCGCCUCGGGCACCCCGCGGGCCUUGGAGCGCAGGAGGGACCCCGAGCUGCCCGUCACGUCCUUCGACUGCUCCGUGUGCCUCGAGGUGUUGCACCAGCCUGUCCGGACCCGCUGUGGCCACGUGUUCUGCCGUUCCUGUAUUGCUACCAGUCUAAAGAACAAUAAGUGGACCUGUCCUUAUUGCCGGGCAUAUCUUCCUUCCGAAGGAGUUCCAGCAACUGAUGUAGCCAAAAGAAUGAAAUCAGAGUACCAGAAAUGCACCGAGUGUGACACCCCGGUUUGCCUCAGUGAAAUGAGGGCACACAUAAGAACUUGUCAGAAGUACAUAGAUAAGUAUGGACCACUACAAGAACUUGGGGAGACAGCAACAAGGUGUGUAUGUCCAUUUUGUCAGAGGGAAUUAGAUGAAGACAGCUUGCUGGAUCAUUGCAUUACUCAUCACAGAUCAGAAAGGAGACCUGUGUUCUGUCCACUUUGCCGUUUAAUACCUAAUGAGAAUGCAAACAGCUUCAAUGGCAGUUUAAUAAGACAUUUGCAAGUCAAUCACACUUUGUUUUAUGAUGAUUUCAUAGAUUUUAAUAUAAUUGAGGAAGCUCUUAUCCGAAGGGUCUUAGACCGCUCACUUCUGGAGUAUGUGAAUCACUCGAACACCACAUAAUUUUAUUAAAAGGAAAGCAAAGGAGAUCAUACAGUUGCACCAUGUGUUAAGAUGCUGCUUGAACAAUUGAAGGGAAAUGGUCAAUGUUUGAUGAGCAAAAAUGUACAACACAGUUAAAUGUCCGUGUUUGUUCUUAUAUUGCAUUUUAAAACUGCUUUCAUUUUGAUGGUUUAAAUCUGUUUUACAUUCUUGAGUUUCUUAGACACUUAAUGACAAAAAAUAGUCUCCAUCAGCCAUUAAUAUAUGGAAGAGAGCAUAAGGCUGGGUAUGUGAGUGAAGGAUCUUUAUUUGCAAAUUGGAUGACACUGUGUGUAAUGCUACAUAUUAAUAAUUACCAUCAUGGCUGGGCAAGAUAACUAAUCUUUGUUCUAUGUAA